AUGGUUCCUGCGUUCCCUACCAUCACCGACGUCGGAUAUUCCGCAAACCCUCACCCUAAGAAGCCAGCUCAAAUCGGCACCGCGGAGCCCUUAUCUGAGUGGCCAGAACUACCUGGUUUGGAGGAGGUAGGCAUCGGCGGGGAGCUACCCGCAGAUUGGUUUGAGCACCCGUGCCCGCCUGAGCUACAGGAUUUUCCGGAUACCACGCCGGGAGAGCUUCUUCGAAUCCUGAGAAUGUCCAUCAAAGAAGCUUUUAGCAAGAACUAUGAGGAUGAGAAAGAACUCGUCGCUUCAGAGCCACCUAAAAAGCCACCAUCGCCGCCCGAGGCCACCCAUCAGAUUUCGAAAACUGCCAUAAGAACCGAUGGAGAAAUGCAAAGCGCACGCUCAUCUUCGAAUUUCUCCGAUAGGAGUUGUGCGCCUUCAAGGAGUGGUUCAACAAAGUCAACGGUCGAGAAGGUGUCAAUAUUAGGGUCAAAGGAUAUUCUAGGUUUAAAAUCCUCCAUGGUCACAAGAUAUACUCUGCAGGAAUGCGCCAGCUGCUUUGAAGGCAUCAUCGAGAAAAAUUUACUGCGUCUCGAGUGCCAACAUAGAUACUGUUACAAAUGCUUCGUUAAUUUAGUCACUACCUCCAUGCACAACGAGAGCCAAUUCCCUCCGCAAUGCUGUCUCUUAGAUAUUCCCAUUAAAUUAAUUCUUCAUAAUUUCGACUCUGCAAAUCGCGAUCUUUUCAAACAAAGGAUGAUAGAGUAUUCAAUACCUCAGCAGAAUCGCUGGUAUUGUCCAUCCGCUUCCUGUGGAAAAUGGAUCGAUCAGAAAAAGCUCAAGAGUUUGGCCCCUACUCCAAAAUGUCCUCAUUGCAGAACUAGAUUCUGUGGUUACUGCCGGGGCAAUCUGCACAAUACGGCAUCAGAGUGCCCCAAGGAUGCCGGCCUGGAAGCUACACUAAAAGAGGCAGAAAUGCAUGGCUGGAGACGAUGUUACCAGUGUCACGCGAUGGUCGAAUUGUUGGCAGGUUGCCAGCAUGUGACAUGUAAAUGUGGAGCAGAGUUUUGCUACACCUGCGCUGCCCCUUGGAGAACAUGCCAAUGCACAGAGAAUGAUCAGCGGCUCCGUGAAGAACAACUUCAAGCCCGCCGUCGCAUGAGGAAUGAAAAUAUAGAAAGAGAAGAACGCGAAUUAGCCGAAGCUUUUGCUGAGAUUGACCGUCUGGGAGUUGAGGAAUCGAGCCGACAAGAAGAACAAAAACAUUUCAUGUAUGAAAGGAGACGUAGAAAUGAGGAUCAAUUUCGCGAACGAGAAGCCCAGCGGAUAUUAUUAGUUACUGAAAAUACACGAAGCUUACGACAAGCGCUGACUCGGAUCAAUACAUCACAACAAACAAUACUAAACAUGAGACAUGAAUCAAGCGCUAAGUCUAUACUAUUGAAAAUACAGACUGAGCACAAGCGACUAGAAGAAAGGUGGCAGCAAUUGGAGCGAGCUCUCCAAUCCAAUAUCAAAAUUCGGAUCGAUGCUCUCUCCCGUGCCCAAGAAGUGGAAAUACAGGAAUUGGUAUCAAAGCAUGAAGACGAGGAAGAUGAAACUCUCAUAAGUAUGUCAAGACAUCUCAAAAAUAAACCCAACCGAGAAGAACGCCAGAAAUCCAUCAUGGAUAAGCUUAAGGCAGCACAAGAUAGGGAACUUCGCGUAAUGCACGGCAUUCACAAGGAGGCCCUGGAUAACUUAGAGUUCCAAACUAGCCUUGAAUUCAAGGCUCUCGAGACAGGUUUAGCCAAGGAAUCUCAAGAAGCUUGUCCAAGCAUUGAACGACGCUCUGAAUUUGCCCGAGAAGUUUUGAUAGAGCGGCAUUGGUUCCACUUGGUCACGAAGAAACGGACUGAACUCCUAGAAUUACAAUGGAAACGUCUAUUACAACGCAGGACAUCCUCUACAACAGCCUCAUGUUCAUCCUCCUUUUCCUCCUCAGCAGGGCUGCGUCCAAAGCAGCUACACUUCACCAAAUUCACAGGGCCGCCAUCUCCCCCGCCAUCUUACCCCCCUCCUCCCACUCCAAUUUCUCGCCCCUUUCUAUCACCUGCCCCCGUUCGUCCUUUUACUCCUUCGACGACGGACUUUCCACGGCCACCCACGUGCCCGCCGCCGAAGCCGCCUGUUGGUACCUCUGUGACGACGUCUCAUAUGCACAAGAAAGAGCCAAGAUCUCUGAAACAGUUAAUAUUGACGAACUCUCGCAAUCGACGGCUCAACCGAUCGGCUUUUAUGGCAAUGAAUAGCUAA